AUGUCAACGUCUACAGAUACCCCCUUAACGUUGUUCUGGUCUCCUGGAGCUUGCUCUUUUGUACCUCACGUUGCAUUAUGCGAAACCGGGCUCAAAUUCGAUCUAGUUCUUGCUAAAGUCGGACACAGGACAAAAGAAUUUGAAGCCAUCAACCCAAAGCGCCGUGUACCAGUCCUGGUUAUGAAUAAUGAGAUCAUUACAGAGAUGGCAGCCGUCCUCACUGCCAUCGCAACUGCUGCACCAGAAGCACACAUCUUUGGCCAAACUCCCCUUGAGAAAAUUCAUGUAUAUGAAUGGCUCAACUAUCUGUCAACUACAGCACAUGGACAAAUUAUUGCAGAAAUCUGGAGAACCGAGAGGUUCACGAAUAACAAGGAGAUAUAUCCUCAGCUUCGAGCAAAGGGCUAUUAG